GAGAUAAUAUUUUGACAUAUUUUCACUAGAAUUCAAUUCGGAUCGGGUUGAGUGCGGUGAGAAUAGUCGGUUCGAAUCUACCCGUAUAGUCUAAUUUAGUCAACUAGUUUUGCAUCGGUUAAAGCUGACUUCAUAAGUGGAGAGAUAGAUCAUUCAUUGGAUUGCGACUUUUAAACGCCUAAAUGUAGUGACUACUUGGUGCUAUGCUAUGGUUUAAAAAAGUAUCAAUAAAGUGCAUGUGUACUGUGUGUAUAUUAUACUAUGUUCAGGGAGGUGCAUAUUUAGUGAAGAAAGACUAAAAUAUAAAAGAUGCGAAACUACAUAAUAACAGUGUGAAUAAAUAGGCUGAAAAUGGAUUCUAAAAAGGAUAUCUACAAUUUGUGGGUGCAAUAUACGACAAAGAACGAAGAAAAAUACUUUCGACAGUUUAUCCAAGGAUUUGUUGGUAUCUGGAGGAACCAACUUGUGCUUGAUUUUGAAAAUCCUCCGCACUGGUCUACCAUCACUUCCGAUUCCGGCCCACAUCUGAAUCGGCUUCCAGAUGAGUUACUGCCAGCCAUCGAGAAGUUCCUCAUCAUAGCAAGAGAUAAAUUUGAGAAGGUUCUUAACGACGAUACGGAUGAUGAGGCGGUCGAGGAUAUGGUCACAGAAAUUCGAUUGUUAGUGCAAUGUCUGACAAUAAUAUGUCGCCAUUUCGACAAUAUCGUAACCAUAAUUAAGUCUAGUUACAUAUCUAGUUGCGUGGCUAUUUCAAAUGUUAUAAUCGAUAAGUUAAGUAAUAAAAAAUAUUUAACCAGCAAUCAGUCACAGUUUAUUACCUGCUUCAGCAACCUUUUGGAAGCGUUGUACGAUCCUUACUUAACAUGGAGAAAUUUUCUGCGCGGAGAGGUGGCCGAUUAUUCGAAACUUGUCUAUAAGAUUCCGCCUCUACAUGCCGAGAUUGUGCCAUUCAUCUAUGACUGCUUCCAGACCAAACAAGCACAUAAAUAUCCGGAAAUUGGAAAAGAUUUCAUUCACAUACUGGGUGCAGUAAUUUCCGGAUCUCAGGUUGCUUUAAUAAAUGUAUCGACGCAAGAUAUUAACCCGUAUCAUGUAAGCAAUGCAUCUGGUGAAGGAAAUUCAAACACGCACAACGGAUUGCGUGCCAUCAGUCCUGCCACGGUUAACGUCGUGGUAGAUAUUAUUUCACAGUGGGAAAGCGAUUCGAGUUUGCGGAAACUCGUACUACAAUGCUUCACUCUGAUGACAAUCACACUGCAGAAAUCUAGUCCAGAACAGCGUCAAAUUGAUCUACUUACCAUGUUUCAACUCUACAUGGGAGCCGUUCACACCUUGCUAGACACAAAACAUUUCCUAAAAGAAAAGCCGCCAGAGGAUAGCUUCGAGUUGACCCACAAUGAGGACGAUAACUACAUUGACAUUAAUGCUCUCAACGCGAUUAUCGGAACAAUCGAACACUUCCUGCCAGAUCAUGUUAACAAACAGAUAUUGUGUAAUGCCAUAUUUGAGGCUAAAUUUUUGCCCAUUUUGGUACAAAUUCCGGAAAGUGUGAAGUCAUGGAACAUUGAGCAACAAUCUCUGGCCUCAACUGUAGUGAGAAGCUUACGAAAGCUUUGCAGCAGCUCCGAGAAAAUACACUACAAUCUGAUUUAUACCAACACUAUCAAUAUUUUGUUCAGGGGUUUGAAAUCAUUGGGUCGACCAUCACAUGGUUUGAUCUGCGAUUGUUUGUAUUUUGCAUUUGAUGAAAGCGAUAAUCACAAUCUUAAUGCUCAGAUUGUUAGCAAGCUGAUUGAAUGGAUCCCGACUAUGGGUGAUCAGGAACAAAUUUAUUUGAGUGAUGAGCUGCUAAAAAAGUGUUCAACUGGAUUGCAGAGCAAACAUCUGAUUUGUGAACAACGAAUGAUCAAGAACAUUGUGGAUAAUUGUUUGGAUGAUAGCAGUCGGUUAUCAGUGAAGUGCAUCCUUCAUUUGCUGAGCUUGAUAGAAGAACUUGCAAAGCACAGCAUACAUCCAACUGAAUUGAAGUGUCUAUUUCGAUUGCUUAGAGUAGAGGUCAACUUUGAGUAUAGCAAACAUUUAAUAGAUCUUAUUCUGAGGGUGUCGCAAUACCGUCUGUCGCUCGGAGUUACUCCUAAGGAAUACUUCGACAUACAAAAUAAUACCAAUGGUAUUACGAUUCCUGAUAUCCGUAAAUGGGACACAACGCAUGGAUUCGUAUUCCACGUAUGGGUUCGUCUUGACAAAGAUGUCGAGCAAUUGAACGCGGACGAUGAGCUAAAUCUACAAAACUAUCGCAGGCAUUUGUUCAGCUUGACUACAACAUUCGGAACGGGGUAUGAAUUUUUCAUCCAAAAAAAUGGCAACUUCGUCGUCAGUGUCAUUACGAAGAAGGAUUUUUUCACGGCCACUGCACAAUCAACACAUCUACUGGACGGUCGGUGGCACUCGAUUACCGUUAAUGUUAUUCCACCGAAAAGAUUGUUCUCGUAUCAUCAAAUUAAUGUGUACAUAGAUUCGGUACAAAAAAUGGGAUCAACGAUGAAGUAUCCGGCGUUCGCAGAGUUGUUCCACUAUUGCGCCAUCGGAGCCCCUUACAACAAUGUGCGGAAGGCGACUCACACCUCGCACCAAUCCAACACCGCCCGGAUGAGCUCCUCGGCGGAUAGUUCACCCACGUUUGUGGAUAAAGUGGAAAAACCAAGAGGACUGUUUCCUUCUUUAAUGGAGAAAUCAUUCUUUCCCGGGAUCGUCUCACAAGUGCCGAGUUAUUUUACGCUGCCUGCCCGUCAAUCAUCGCCAUCGUCGUUGGAUCCGAGUGUGAAAUCAUAUCCGAUUGGAAUGCAAGAUUUGGUUUUUGGUGACGCUAUUUGUUUGAAAGGUCAACUGGGAAGUAUUUUACUGGCGGAUGCGCACAUAAACCUGAAAAGUCUUUUUGAAGCGGGGCCAAAUGUUGCCAACGUUCUCGCUACUGAUAUGAUCGAAUCGUUCGAUAUGGCUUCAAAGUUUGUGUUUUGCUUUUCGCCCAGUGCAUGCUAUGACGGUUUGUGUCUGGAUCUGGCUCCCGGGAAUCAAUACAAUGGACACGUGGCUGCAAGUGCUUCUAGUGUGCUAUCCAUCCAAAAUGCAAUAAAUGGCGUUGGAGGUAUCAUGGCAUUGUUACCAGUAUUAGACAAUAUAAGCCAAAAAUCAAUACCAAAUAUAUCGCCGUCGGAGGAGCUGAUAUCUUUAACGCCAACCGCUUCACCUAUGAAGGAGGAACAUUUUAGUGAUUGGGAAAUGUUACAGACGAACUCAUUGACGGAAUCGAAAAUAAUACAGAAUCCGAUUGCAUGUUUCAUCUGUUUAAUGAGGAAUUUUAUACACGCGAACGAUUUGAAUAAAGACAAUAUCCUAAAAAACGAAGGAAUUCCGAUAAUAAGCCAGCUAUUGCAAACAUGCAACGAGACUUACUUUGAUGUUAAUCUACUUAUGGCCGUACAACUGUUACUCGAAUCGGUGCAAAAUGAAAUGCCUUCCGCCAAUAUGGAGCUGCUUCAUGUGUUGUACAAAGAUUUGGUGUUUAAUUUCCGUAUCUGGUCAAAGGCACAAUUUCAAAUUGUGAUAGGUCAUGUACAGUAUAUCAGCACUAUCAUUAAGGACGAUAGGAAGUACUUCCGAAAAUACUUUGGAACGCAAUACUUACUAGAUGUGAUACAGGAGUUUUUCGCAGGUACUUGUACACUUCCAGCACAUGAUGCAAAAACUGUGCGCGAUUCGUUGCUAAGGAUAAUUCGCUAUUACAUUCAAAAGGAGGUCAAUAUAAAAGAGAUCUCAGCUCUACUUACCUUUCUCACCACAAUAAAGAUUGAACCAGUGGUCGUGGAAAUAAUUGAUAUGCUAACCUCACUCAUCGAGAGCAAACAUGUUAAGGAUCAAAUUUUCCUUCUAAUGUACGAGCCAAAUAUGGCGGAGGGUUUGUACACGUUGUUCAUGGAUCGUCAUUUCGGGAGUGAUUUGCACAUUCGACUGUUGAAAUUUAUCGGAGGAAUGCUGAACACUAAGCGUAUAUCCAGCAAGCACAAAGCCGCUCUCCGAUUGUAUGAGAGUACCAUUGAAUGCAACAGCUUGUAUCCUGGACUUUUUUCUUUCAUGAUACCAUUUGAUCUAGAACCGGAGGUGAUUCUCGGUUUGUUAGAUUUGAAUCUAUGUUUGGACACGGAGAUGGGCUACGCUGGGGCGCUCUGUUUAAUUUAUCACACAAAUUUGACUAGCCUACCAUUGAAGCUAGAAAUUGCCAAAAGACUUAUGACAAGCACUUUCACAAAACCUAAGGCAGCUCAAAUGAUAGCCAAACAGGUUGGCUGGCAGGAAUCGAUAGCUCGUUUACUGACUAAAAAACCCGUUGAGAAUCGUUCUUUAUCGGAUAAGGAAAAAGAAAAAGGUUGUAUUUUGACCGAUAUUGAAGAAAUUGUGAAACGAGAAAGUGAAUCAUCAGUCGAGGGGUCGCAGAACGCAGAUUUGAUUAUUUUCGAUGAUGAAACAAUGGAACUGAAAACACGAGAAACGCCCAAUCAGCUGAACUCCUUCAUGACCGAAGCUGCUACCGUGAUUGAGCAUGAAUUCAAAGAGUUAGCCGAUAGUGUCCAAGAGGCGGUUGUAGACAACAUUACCUCGUCUAUAACAUCAGUUUACUCGGCGAUUAGGCAGAAAACGUCAGACAUUCAAGACACUCUUGAGUCACUCACGUUAAGUUUCGAUGAACCAUCGGUGAGGAAGAAAAAUUCACUCUCCUUCUCUAGCAGCAGCGAUGAAAACGCAUCAUUUGAGGAAUCAAUAGCAAUUCAUACAAUGAAAGAUGAUACCCAAUCGGCGAAAAGUAUGGACGAUCUGAACGGGCCUGACGCUGGCAGACAGGCUGAAAACCUCAGCUAUGUUGAAGACAACGACGAGGAAAAUUUGGUAUAUUUAGUAUCGAACAUUUUAUUCACCAUUUUAUGGCGUGGUGUUGAACAUUCCAACGAUUCGUGGAAAGAGCGUGGACAAGUCAUGGCCUGUAUAAAUCUCAUUGCUUUAAACAAUGAGCUAUACUGUUCGCACUUGAACCUUCGUCUACGUAUCCUAGAGAUGGGUGUGCAAGCAGCACUCAUCGACUUGGGAGAAAAUGCACAACUAGCAGUAACACAUCAACAAAAUGCGGCCCAACUGUUGAGGCUAGCAUACGAUUUAGUUGUACUCGAUCCUAAUGAAGACGACAAUAAAAAAUGUUCAACGAAGCUGCUGGACGGAGUGCUAUCACUGUUGGACAUUUUAGUGGUGUUCCAGCAGAGCAGUAUGGAUGACUGGUCUGAAAUGUCCCACUUAUGUUUGGGCCUGUUGCUGAAGUGUUCUCACAAUUCCAAUUCCGGCAUCGUGGCAAUGGCUACUGCCAAAUUACAUGCCCUGCUGCAGAAUCGACAAAAUCAAGAUCCGACAGAGAUUGGCUACCUUCUGUAUAGUCUCAACCAAGCCAUCGGCAAUGCGAUCAGGGUCGAAAAUUCCGAACAGUAUUCGUUCUUGAUUCCCGUACUGAAAGCGUUGCUAGAGAAAUCGAGAGUGGUGAUUGGGCUAGCGAGCAGUGUACCUGAGUUACCAGACACGUCUUCGGGUCCUAUAUUCUUCCAAAAUUUCCAAACGUAUUGCACCAGCAAGCAGUGGACUUCUUUCAUCGAUAAGAAGAUUAAGCCACUCUACGUUUCCUACCAGAAAGUGUUAUCCGACUCACUGUGGGAGCCGCUGAACACAUUUUGGGCCGAAUGUUACGAGUCGUGUAAGCUUUCGUCUCAACGUCGUGCCCGGCUACAGAUGGAAAGCCGUCGGAAGUUUCAGGAGAAAAUAUUGAUCCCAUGCCGAAUACGACAGUCGGAGGAACUUGCGCGCAUUAACGUGCAACAAAUUCAGCGGAAAGCCAAAGAUGCGUACACCGAACGGAGGUGGAACAUAUUGAAACGGUUUCUUUACGGCCCCAAGGGAGCAUGGGCCAAACUCUCAAAUGAGGCACAGUACUGGUGUUUGUCCCAUCAUGAGAAUGCUGUUCGCAUGCGACUCAAACUGGAACCCAAUUGGCAUCAUGACCCGCACAUCGCCGCCUCGAACAUGAGAGACAACACCACUUCCUCAACGUCACAAAGUAGACGCCUCUCGACGGAACUAGGUCCAACAAUUGCACCAGCUGUUGUCGGAGGUGAGAACGUUGAUGACGAUAUUCUGCAGUUGGAAGAAGAAAUGCGUAACAGCAUAGAACCCCAGGUCCCCGAAACAUCUGGCAAAGAAAAAAUAGUAAUAUCUCAGGAAUGUGAACUGAUUACGCUCAUGUCUAGGGUGAAAGGAAGACUUGAUUUGACGACAAAUCAAAUAAUAUUCUCCGAAAUCGGUGCUAUUCGUGAUGAUGGACAACGUAAUGAUUUCAAAUUUCCACUCAAUCAACUGAAAGAACUGCAUUUGAGAAAAUUCAAUCUGCGUCGAAGUGCAUUGGAGAUGUUCCUCGUGGAUCAGACAAGUUACUUUUUGAAUUUCACCACAAGAACGAGGAACAAAAUCUUUACGAAAAUUCUUAGUCUACAGCCACCGAAUAUUCAGUAUGGUUCCGGACGCUCACCGGCAGAAUUACUGCGAUCAUCUGGAUUGACCCAAAAGUGGGUCAACCGAGAGAUCUCUAAUUUCGAGUACCUAAUGCAUUUGAACACAAUAGCGGGUCGGUCAUAUAAUGAUCUGAGUCAAUACCCGGUGUUCCCGUGGAUACUAGCUGAUUACAUCAGUGACAUACUGGACCUCAAUGAUCCUAAGUCGUUCAGAGAUCUUAGCAAACCGAUAGGAGUAGCUAAUCCGAAAAAUGAAGCUGAAGUGAGACAUAAGUUCGAAAACUUUGAGGAUCCAUCGGGAAUGAUACCGAAAUUUCAUUACGGUACACACUAUUCGAAUUCUGCUGGCGUUCUGCACUACCUUAUAAGAGUGGAACCAUUUACAUCACUGCACAUUGAUUUACAAAGCGGAAGAUUCGAUGUUGCCGACAGACAAUUUCAUUCCAUCCCCCAAACGUGGAAACUGCUGAUGGAUAAUCCUAACGAUGUGAAGGAACUCAUUCCAGAAUUUUUCUACUUUCCGGAGUUUCUGAAAAAUAUGAAUGACUUUGACCUUGGCAUUCUUCAAACAACAAAGGAACGAGUUAACGAUGUUGUGCUGCCAGCAUGGGCUAAGUCAGCUGAAGAUUUCAUUGCGAUUCACCGGAGAGCCUUGGAGUCGGAGCAUGUUUCGCAAAAUUUACAUAAUUGGAUCGACCUCAUUUUCGGAUACAAGCAAAAAGGACCCAAAGCAAUCGAAGCGCUGAAUGUGUUUUAUUAUUGUUCAUACGAAGGGGCUGUGGACCUGGAUAAAAUUACAAAUCCCGUAGAACGUGAAGCUGUCGAAGGAAUGAUCAAUAACUUUGGACAAACCCCUUCACAGCUUUUAAGAGAAGCCCACCCAAAACGGUUAUCUCAGGAAGAACUAACAAUAAAAUUGUUGAAAUUGGAAUUGAAGAAACCUGACCUAACACUGAUUCUUGAUCGCGUCAAUAGUAUUAACUGUGAGCUGUCCAAUGAGAAAGAUCCAGUGGUUUAUUUGAGUACACCACGGAGUCCGCCUCGAUCAUUCCUGCAAACAAGUCCUGAUAUGUUGAUAUCGGUAACAAAAAGUGGUAUUCUUGGCUGUCACAGCUGGAUGUCGUUCGACAAGGAAAAAGGAUUUCUGCUGGAAACUGAUGCAACAACAUCCAACCUGAAAAAUCGCAAGAAACUGAUCGGUCCAUUUCAUCCCUCAAUUAAUUUGAAUUCGAAAUUGUUCGCCGUGAGUAUAGAUGGUAAAUAUUUAUAUGCCGGUGGCGUAUGGGACAAUUCAGUUCGAAUAUUCAACAUGGCACGAGGGAAAGUGGUUGCCUCGGCGAUUCAUCAUUUUGACAUCGUAACCUGUGUGGCGCUGGACAGUUGUGGGUCAUUCCUGGUGACUGGUUCGAAGGACUGUACCUGUGUAAUUUGGUCAAUCAACAACGGCAACUCGAGUGCCGUUGGAGGAAGCAUACCAAAUUUUCAACCAAACACAGCGGCGUUGAACCAAAAUCUGGCCGGAAAUGUGGUCGGUAGCGCCAAUGUGAUUCAUCUUACAAACAAUCUGACGCCUAAGCCAGUACACACCCUGUACGGACAUGAUGCUGCAGUCUCGUGCGUGUCCAUCAUGACAGAACUGGACAUCGUGGUCUCGGGUUCUUUGGACGGUACUGUAAAUGUAUACAGUGUGAAAGAGGGACAAUUUAUCAGGACACUAAAUCCCGUGGGGUGUACGGGUGCGAACAUAGAGAUUUCUUUCGUCGCAUUGUCCUAUCAAGGACACAUAGCGUUCGCGGCUCUGGAUGAUACAUCACACUCGGUUCAUGUAUUCAGUAUAAACGGGGUUAACUUAGGCUCGAAGUAUGUAUCCGGCAGAGUGACCGGUUUGACUACAGCAACCGAUUACAUGAUUGUGUCUGAUGAUGCUGGAGAUCUCACCAUGAGUCGCUUGUCAGGACUGAAACCCAUAUUCGACAUUCCACUGCAUAUUCCAACCCAAACAAUCGUAGCGACUGCUGGAAACACACAUCUAUUGGCGCCUCUUCGCGAUGGAAGUCUGGCUGUGAUUGGCAUUAUGCAGCCUAUUGCGUAUAAAAAACAUUCUGUUUUAAUUGUUUAACUUGACUCCUUCAUUAGUACCUAGAAUCCAAACUUGUCAAUUAUAGUAUUUUUCGUUUCUCCUUCAACGCAAUUUAGGUCAAAUGCAGUGUUCUUACGAAUCCAAACGCAGAGGUGUUACAUAGUGAUUUUUAUAAUAGUACUAAUGUCAGGGUUUUCGAUAAUUGAUUGAUUCAAGUCGUACAUGUACUACCAAAAAUGCGUAGUAAAAUCUAAUAAAUUCUAAACAUCGUGUGCUGCAUAAUAUGCUUUUACGAAAUAUGCACUCAGAAAUGAGUGUGACAGAUUAUAUGUUUUUAGAACAAGUGUUAUAAAUCUAUGUUGUUAUUUUAUGGACGUAUGCUAUCGAAAGUACUUAAUAAAAAUAUCUAUUCUAAUAA